AUGCUCCAAUGGAUCGCCGGCAAAUGCCAACUCGACGAAGUCCUCCCCAGCUCAACUCCACCCGUCUCAAGCUGGGACCUCUGUGCAGACCAAUGGCUUUUCUACGGCAACCACAUCCUCGAUCUGAGAAGAAACGCAACAAAACGCGAAUCACCAACAGGCAGAAGACGGUCUCUGAUCCUGAGCUACGCACAAUGCAUGCUGAUCUUCGCCGGUGCGACCAGCCUCCAGGAAGCGAAGUCGAUGGCUUUGGCGAUGGCUGCUGAGGCUGCGACUUAUGAUCAGCUUAUUCUGCCUGUUGACUUGAGUCAUAUUGCCAAUGGGAGGGGGCAUAGCGAUGCGCUGUUGGCUAUGGAGCAGAAGCAGGUUUUCUGGACGCCGGAUUAUAUCGCGCAUGACAGUCGAGGCUUUCAAGGCACGGUGUGA